CAUCACCAUUGCUGGAGGUGCCUGACAGAAAUCCCAGCCAGCUUUUGGGGCAUCUCUCAUCCCACAACCUCAGCUAUCCAGGACAAAGCCAGGAACUUGGAAGUGUGGCGCCCGUGCAUCUGCAGCCAUGGGAUCUGAGGACCACGGGGCCCAGAACCCCAGUUGUAAAAUCAUGACGUUUCGCCCAACCAUGGAAGAAUUUAAGGACUUCAACAAAUAUGUGGCCUACAUAGAAUCGCAGGGAGCCCACCGGGCAGGCCUGGCCAAGAUCAUCCCCCCGAAGGAGUGGAAGCCACGGCAGACGUAUGAUGACAUUGAUGACGUGGUCAUCCCAGCCCCCAUCCAGCAGGUGGUGACAGGGCAGUCGGGCCUCUUCACACAGUACAACAUCCAGAAGAAGGCCAUGACCGUGGGCGAGUACCGCCGCCUGGCCAACAGCGAGAAGUACUGCACCCCACGACACCAGGACUUUGAUGACCUUGAACGCAAGUACUGGAAGAACCUCACCUUCGUCUCACCCAUCUACGGGGCCGACAUCAGUGGCUCUUUGUACGACGACGACGUGGCGCAGUGGAACAUUGGCAACCUCAGGACCAUCCUGGACAUGGUGGAGCGGGAGUGCGGCACCAUCAUUGAGGGCGUCAACACCCCCUACUUGUACUUCGGCAUGUGGAAGACCACCUUUGCCUGGCACACGGAGGACAUGGACCUGUACAGCAUCAACUACCUGCACUUUGGGGAGCCCAAGUCGUGGUACGCCAUCCCACCAGAGCACGGCAAGCGGCUGGAGCGGCUGGCAAUCGGCUUCUUCCCAGGGAGCUCGCAGGGCUGCGACGCCUUCCUGCGGCACAAGAUGACCCUCAUCUCACCCAUCAUCCUGAAGAAGUAUGGGAUCCCCUUCAGCCGGAUCACGCAGGAGGCUGGGGAGUUCAUGAUCACGUUUCCCUAUGGCUACCACGCUGGCUUCAAUCACGGUUUCAACUGCGCGGAAUCUACCAAUUUUGCUACCCUGCGGUGGAUUGAUUAUGGCAAAGUGGCCACUCAGUGCACGUGCCGCAAGGACAUGGUGAAGAUCUCCAUGGAUGUGUUCGUGCGCAUCCUGCAGCCCGAGCGCUACGAGCUAUGGAAGCAGGGCAAGGACCUCACCGUGCUCGACCACACGCGGCCCACGGCCCUCAGCAGCCCCGAGCUGAGCUCCUGGAGCGCCUCCCGCACCUCGCUGAAGGCCAAGCUCCUCCGCAGACAAAUUAGUCUGAAAGAAAACAGACACUGGAAAAAGACUGAGGAGGAGAGAAAACCAAAUCUAGAAAGGAAGAAAGAGCAGACCAAAAAGCCGGGGCUGUCGUCUCACCGGAAACGGAGCCAGCCCAAGAAGCCCAAGCCCGAAGACCUCAAGUCACCAGGGGAGGGGGCGGCUGGGAUGGCCCUCCUGGAAGAGGCUGGGGGCAGUGUGAAGGAGGAGGCCGGGCAGGAGGCGGACCCCGAGGAGGAGGAGGAGGAGCCGCAGCCGCUGCUGCAGGGCCGGGAGGCUGAGGGCACAGAAGAGGAUGGCAGGGGGAAGCCACGGCCCCCCAAGGCCAAGGGCGACCGGAAGAAGAAGAGCUACGGCCUGCUGCCUCCUCCCCAGGCGGUGCCCGAUGAGGACCGUGUGUCCUCUCAGCAGACCUUUGAGCACUUCGCCCAUAAGGGCCCCGUCUGGAAGGAGCAGGCUGCCCCCAUGGAGCUGGCGGGGCCAGAGGAGGAGGGCACAGCAGGCGGCGGGGCGGGCCGCACCGAGACCAAGGCCCGGGCUGGAGAGGUGGUGUCCACGUUCUCCAAGUUGAAGAUGGAGAUCAAGAAGAGCCGGCGCCACCCUCUGGGCAAACCACCCACCCGGUCCCCACUGUCAGUGGUCAAGCAAGAGGCAUCGAGUGACGAGGAAGCGUUCCCUUUCUCCGGGGAGGAAGACAUGAGUGACCCCGAGGCCUUGCGGUCCCUGCUGUCCCUACAGUGGAAGAACGAGGCAGCCAGCUUCCAGGCCGAGAGGAGGUUCAACGCGGCGGCCGCACGCACCGAGCCCUACUGCGCCAUCUGUAGCCUCUUCUACCCGUACAGCCGGUCCCUACAGACCGAGAAAGAGGCGCCCCAGGCCUCUUUUGGGGAGGGCUCCUUGGCUGUGCCACCUUCCAAAAGUGGCCAAAAGACGCGGCCGCUGAUCCCCGAGAUGUGCUUCACCUCCAGCGGCGAGAACACGGAGCCUCUCCCCGCCAACUCCUACAUCGGGGACGACGGCACCAGCCCGCUGAUCACAUGCGCCAAGUGCUGCCUGCAGGUCCACGCCAGUUGCUAUGGCAUCCGCCCUGAGCUGGUCAACGAAGGCUGGACGUGUUCCCGGUGCGCAGCUCACGCCUGGACUGCGGAGUGCUGCCUAUGUAACCUCCGAGGAGGAGCGCUGCAAAUGACCACAGAGAGCAGGUGGAUCCAUGUGAUCUGCGCCAUCGCUGUCCCGGAGGUGAGGUUCCUGAAUGUGAUUGAGCGCCACCCCGUGGACAUCAGUGCCAUCCCCGAGCAGCGGUGGAAACUGAAAUGCGUGUAUUGCCGGAAGCGGAUGAGGAAGGUAUCGGGUGCCUGCAUCCAGUGCUCCUACGAGCACUGCUCCACGUCCUUCCACGUGACCUGCGCCCUCGCCGCCGGCGUCCUCAUGGAGCCCGACGACUGGCCCUACGUGGUCUCCAUCACCUGCCUCAAGCACAAGGCAGGGGGCCACGGGGUCCAGUUUCUGAGGGCUGUGUCCUUAGGCCAGGUGGUCAUUACCAAGAACCGCAACGGGCUCUACUACCGCUGCCGCGUCAUCGGCACCACCACACAGACCUUCUAUGAAGUGAACUUUGAUGACGGGUCCUACAGCGACAACCUCUACCCAGAGAGCAUCACCGCACAAAGAGCAAGUUCUUUACAACUGGAACCUUAUGCCCCCCCGACGAGAAUGUCACGAGGGCCUGAGUAUAACUACAGUGCCUUUCCUGGCACAGAUGAAUGGGUGUCCGUUGCUUUUAUGAAAACGGGCCUCCUUGCAUACAAGCUCCUCCAAGCAUGUGCUGGCCUUGGGGCGCUAGGACAUUGGCGAUGGGGCUCAGACCAAUAUACUGCAGCCCCAACCCUAAGAACUACGUCCCCUUUGCAGGUGGAGUUUGAGGAUGGAUCCCAGCUGACAGUGAAGCGAGGGGACAUCUUCACCCUGGAGGAGGAGCUCCCCAAGAGGGUCCGGUCACGGCUGUCACUCAGCACGGGGGCACCGCAGGAGCAUGCCUUCUCAGGAGAGGAGGUGAAGGCCGCCAAGCGCCCGCGUGUGGGCACCACGCUCGCUGCUGAGGACUCGGGGCGCAGCCCAGACUAUCUGACCUUCAUGGAGAACUUCCUGCAGGCGCAGGGCCGGCCUGGAGCGCCUUUCUAGGACAGCCGGCCUGGGCGACCCUUCAGCCCAGCAAGGCAGGCCACGGCGGGUCCUGGGCGUUUGCUUGCUGUGAAUUCCUGUCCUCGAGUCCCCCCAGCCCCUGAGGGGCUACCUCCGUGCUGUGGGUACCCCUCUGUGGGGCGACAGGAGCAGGCAGGACGCCGCACACGGCCCCCAGACUCAGGGAGCAGGGCCACGCGGGCUCGGGGCGGCCGGGGGUGCGCCACCCACUCAACUCAGAUUUUUAAACCAUGUAAGCUCUCUUCUUCUCGAAAAGGUGCUACCGCAUUGCCACUGAGCAACCUUUGAGAUUGUGACUUCUGUACAUAAUCACCUUUGUGAGGCUCUUUCUAUAAAUACCUAUUGUUUUAAAAAAAAAAAAAGGAAAACAAAGAAAAGGAAAAAGUCCCCAAAGUUGUUUUCUAGAUUUGUGGCUUUAACAAAACAAAACAAACAUGUUCUUUUUCUCAGAACGAAGAUACGCUGAGGGAGGUAAAUGCAUCUCAUUGUUUUUUGUUGUUGUUUUAAAAUAUGAUUUGUCUAUUGAGCAGGCAGGGAAGGGGUGUGUGGCGGCUGGAAUGUCCUAGUAUCUCAAGGCAGUUCUGCAGCUGUCGUGUGACCUGCGGUGGCCCAGGAGGGUGGGCAGAUGCCCCAGUCACAGGUGAGUGACUGGGUCUCACUCUCGCCUUGCCCUGGCUCCUGGACUGUGAUGGUCCCAGCAGCUGCCUCCCGCCGCUGCCUGCACCUGUCACUCUCUGUGCCUGAUAGGAGGAGGCCAGGGGUCCCUUGAGUUGCCGAGCCCACAUGCCGGCCAGCAGGAGCCACGGGACCCAGGUGCCUGUCUCCCAUGUGCCCGCACCUUUGCAAAACAAACCGUCUCUCUGGUUUGCUCCUCUAUGCUUCUCCCCCCAAGAGAAUCGCUCUACAGCUGAGGCCGCAGAUGUUCGAGAGGCUUCCUCUCAGACAACACGUCCCCUGCACCCGCGAGGCCUCGGGGAGGAGGAUCCCUGCGCGUGUGCCGGGCGCUGGUCAGCACCAAGCGCGGCCUCCCGGCGCGGCUCUCGGUGCGGGCUCUGAGCGUGUUAGGGUCGGGCCUUCCAGGCGGCACAAGUCUCAUGGGGCUCCAGCCACCCAGGCGCCCCCCGCUUUGUCCAGUCUCCUGUGCAGGGAGGGCUGCCGGGACCCCGGGGCUUGGUCCGUCCUCCGCUUCUGCCCUCCGGGAUCCUGUUUGUAACUCGUGGACUUGCGUGUUUGGGAGAAAGGGAGCGGGGGAGUCGCUGCUUUCAACGUGGGGGGAUCUGCGGGUUGAACUGAUGAUGAGAGAACAGGUACUUCACAGGCCGGCUUGGGAAGCGGCUUCCCAUGGUGGCCCAGGAGGGAGGCGGCUCCCGCAGCCCUGCCCGCCACCUCCACCCCACGCCCUCUGCGGGGCCACCUCCCGUCGCCCGGGGAGGCUGAGAAGAUGAUCAGCUUGUAUAAAGAAAAGUUAUUAAAGAGUGUUCUGAUGGUUGCCAGGCCAGAGAACUAUUUAAGGAAAAGGGAGAGAAUCCUCUGUGGGGGGAGGAGGAAAGGUGGGGUUCCCCUGAAGCAUGGGGUCUCCCUCUGCGGGUGCGCAGCCCCCGGUGCGGCCUGCGCUGUAUUCAUAUGUAGUUUGCAAAUGCUAUUUAUAUUGUAAAGAGAGUACAAAGCAGCAGGCCCUGCCCUGCAGUGGGUCGGCCUCGGGGUGCAGACAGGCCACGGAGAGGGUGGCAGGGGACAGGCAUUUCCCCCACGGAGACACUUCUGUGUCUUACUCUAUGAAACACAGAACAAAACAGCCCACCCACCCUGGUUUUCUCCCCCACCCCAGAUUAAGGAUGCGCUGUAUUUUCGCCUAAUUUCCCUGCCUCUAGGUUCAUAAUGAAUUAAAGGCUCGUGAGCACUGCAGAUUCCCGCUC